AUGGCGAGCCUCCACCCCUUCGACCCUAUCACUGCUGGGGAGAUCCAGUUGGCUGUGCGCAUCCUGGAAUCUGCCUUCCCUGGUGUCAAGUUGCGUUAUAAGCGAAUUGAUCUUCAAGAGCCUUACAAGCAUGAAGUCGUUCCUUACCUUGAAGCCGAACGCCAAGGCAAGCCACGGCCAGCCAAGCCUGCUCGUUUGUUGUUUGCUCUGUUCCACCGCCUGGACAAUGGUUCUUUUUACAAGGCCCUGUUGAAUGCCAACACCAAGUCUAUCAUCUCCGCCAAGGAGCUUCCUAAAGAUGUUCAAGGGCCUGCAGAUGUGGACGAGAUGAUGGAAAUGGAGACAACGUGCCUGAGCCACCCGGCUGUCAAGGCAGAGAUUGAGAAAUUGAACUUGCCGCAGGGCAUGACUGUGUGCAUGGACCCUUGGAUCUACGGUACCGAGGACAUCAACGAGUCCCGACGUUUGACUCAGUGCUACAUGUACGUCGUGUCGACUGAUCACGCGCAACACAACCAAUACUCUCUCCCUCUCAAAUUCUCGCCCGUCUUUGAUGGUAUUACGCGCGAGCUGGUGCGCAUUGAUUACCUUCCCGACGGGGCCGACUCCCAGACCUCGCAAACCCAGCCUUGGAAGCCAGUCAAGGCUAUUCAAUAUGCGCACGAUUUGCUGGACGAUCCGAUCCGCACUGAUUUAAAGCCUUAUAUCGUCCAGCAGCCUGAGGGUGCAUCUUUCAAUGUCAUUGGCAAUGCCGUCUCAUGGCAGAAAUGGCGGUUCCGUGUGGGCUUCAACAACCGGGAGGGUCUGGUGUUGCACAAUCUGACUUAUGACGGCCGUAACACAUUCUACCGUCUGUCAUUCUCAGAAAUGACUGUCCCCUAUGGAGACCCUCGCGCACCUUAUCACCGCAAGCAAGCCUUUGAUGUUGGAGACGUCGGUUUCGGUAUUACUGCUAACCAGCUCGCCUUGGGCUGCGACUGUCUCGGUCACAUCAAGUAUUUCGAUGGCUACCGUACUGAUGCACAGGGUGCUCCGGUCCAUCUUCAGAACGUCAUCUGUAUGCACGAGCAGGAUGCCGGUCUCCAGCACAAGCACACCAACUACCGCACUGGUGCAGCAACGGUCGUUCGUAACCGUCAGCUAGUCGUUCAGAUGAUCUGCACGGUCGCCAAUUACGAGUAUAUCUUCGCCUUUAUUCUGGAUCAGGCCGCCAACAUCGAGCUCGAGGUCCGUGCAACUGGUAUCCUGUCCACCGUUCCAUUCGACAACGAGAACGGCCAAACUGUGCCAUGGGGAACCAACGUCGGGCCUGGUGUUAUGGCCCCAUUCCACCAGCAUAUGUUCUCUUUGCGUAUUGAUCCUGCUCUGGACGGCUUCAAGAACACUGUCUAUUAUGAGGACAGUGUCCCCAUGCCUGAGGAUGAUAACAACCCUUAUGGAGUCGGCUAUAUUACCGAGCAGAAUACCAUUCGGAACAGUGGCAGUGCGUCCACAAGCGUGGAAAAGCACCGUGUCUUCAAGAUUCGCAACGACCACAUCAUCAACCCAAUCACACACCACCCAAUUGCUUAUAAAUUACAAACAUCGCCUAGUCAGAUGAUCCUGGCCAACCCCAAGUCUUUCGGCUUGAAGCGUGCACAAUUCGCGACUCGUCCAAUCUGGGUGACGAAGUACCAGGAUGAUGAGCUGUUCGCAGCCGGUGAAUUCACAAACCAGAGCAAGGAAUCUCAAGGCGUGGAGAAGUGGGCUGCCCGAAACGAUACCGUUGAGGAUGAGGAUCUUGUUCUCUGGCACACAUUCGGCCUUACCCACAACCCUCGCAUUGAGGAUUUCCCAGUUAUGCCCAUGGAGCGUGUCAGCGUCAUGCUCAAGCCCGAUGGAUUCUUCACCAAGAACCCAGCAUUGGACGUUCCGCAGUCAUCCCAGUCCUUCAACAGAUCGACCCAGCACCCUGAGCCUUCUUGCUGCUCUGGGCCCCAGGAUCGAAGCCAGCUGAAGCUAUAG